AGACACAUAAGCUGGGUUUGAUUCCAGCUCUCUCAUGAAAUAUUGAAUCAAAAAGUGUUUAUAGAUUUCUUUGAGAACUUAUUGUAAUAUAUCUUUGAAAACAUUCUCUACCAUUUUUUUCUCUCUCACUUUUUGUUUUUGAGCUUGUAAUUUUCAUUGUCUGAUUUUAACCUCUGUUGAGUUUUGAGGAUGAUUACCUCGACCAGCUUUUUGUCUUCAUUUGCUUGCCUGAUGCUGUGGGCUUUGUUGUCACCUCCGCUGGUCCAGGCCUGUCAAGGAGAUGAAUUACCGCGUGACAUGGUGCUUGGCUGGCUGAAAAGACGGAUCCUUGAAGGUUUGGGAAUGGACGAGCCUCCUCUGCCAGUGCUGCAGCUGCCAGCAUGGCAAGCGGUGAACAAAGUUGUGCAUCAUGUAGCUUCACGAAUGACUAGGGAGACAAGAGUGGAAAGAAGACACCAUCAGGAGUCCUCGCAGGUCAUUCUGUUCCCAAGCUCAGAGUCUACAUGCAAGGACAUGCCUGAUAACGCCUCUGAGGCUGUAUCCAGUCACUUUACUUACUACUUUCAGCCCUCUCUGGACAGCCAGGACUCCAUCAUCACUUCUGCUCACUUCUGGUUCUAUGCUGGAGAGGCCGUUGCUUUUAGCAACAUUUCAGCGCCCAUUUUCAUCCUCACCGCUUACCAGAAGCUGCUCCAAGCAGCUGCAAGUCCAGUCAAACACAGCACUGAUGGCUGGACCACCUAUAAGUUAGAUCUCCAUCUCCAUGCUGUCAUGGCUGUUGGCCCUUUCAUGCUUCAGGUCCGUUGCCCAUCCUGCAGUUGCUAUGAUUCAGAAGAUAAAACACCCUUUCUGCACCUCCACACCCGUUCAAGUAGUCCCGACCGCUUACGCAGGGCACCUAAAAUCCCUUGGUCACCAGCUGCUAUUGAAAAGCUCAGAAGACCUUCUUCUGAUGACACAGACUGCAAAAGAGAACAGAUAGAAAUCUCCUUCGAGGACCUUGGCUGGGACAACUGGAUUGUUCAUCCCAAAGCCUUCACUUUCUACUACUGCCAUGGCAACUGCUCCAGCGCUGAGCGCACUACUACCCUACUUGGGAUCAACCAAUGCUGCGCUCCUGUCCCAGAGAGCAUGAAGUCACUCCGUUUCACCACCACAUCAGACGGGGGGUACUCAUUCAAGUAUGAAACCCUGCCUAACAUCAUACCAGAAGAGUGCAACUGCAUCUAACACUCUGCUGUGGCUUAGCUUUAGGAGCAUCUGCAGCGAAUAUGUUCUUUUCAAACACAAACCAGCUACUUUAAAUGAAUGAUUAAAGCAAAAAAAGCAUGCAUUAAAUAGUGUGAUAGAUCACUUCUGUACUUGUAACUUUAAUUUUAGCAAAGUCUAACCUUCAUUAACAUUACAAUUUUUUUGAAACGUUGGUUUUCCUAAGACCUUGCUCAGUAAUGUUUAUCAAACAUAUAUAGAAUCAAAUGAGAACAGUUUUGCAGUUUAUUUCUUUAUGCAAAUAAAACAGUGUGUACUAAAUUAAACAGACAUUCACAGAGAAAAGCAUCUUAAUCUUGUACACUAAACCCUUCAAAAAAUAAUUUUAAAAUACCUAAAUUGCACAUUACCCAGAUAUCUAUGACAAUAAAGAAUAAAUGUCCGAAAAGGAGAUGUGUCAUUAUUAUAGCCUUUUAUCCACUUUUACCCCUAAGUGAGAUACUGUAAAAUUUAAAAUAAUUAAAUACAAAUAAUAAUUUCUCUUGCCUACUUUGAAACAAUAUAUAAACACUACACAUUCUUGUUUUUAAUCUAGGUCAUUAUUCAAAUGUGUUAAUUAAUAAAGAAUAUCAAAAUUAUGUUAAGAGAAAUACAUUUGAGGUCAAAAGUUUACAUACACCUUGCAGAAUCUGCAAAUAAAAGGGGAUCAUACAAAAUUAAUGUUAUUUUUAUUACAGCCCCUGGCAAUUUACAUUCGAAAUAAUCCAAAAAUCUAGAGUUUUAGUAUUGUUAACAGACAAAAAAUGAUACUGCUUUAUGCAGAUGAUAUUUUGCUAACUAUAACAACCCGCAAAUAUCAUUACCUGAAUUAACUGACUUGAUCAAGCAAUUUGAAGUUAUUUCCAGAUAUAAAGUUAAUUUUCACAAGUCAGAGAUAAUGUCGUUAGGAUCACUAAACGUGUCAGAGCCUAAUUUCAUGAAACCAUUCAAAUGGUCCCCUAGUGCUUUCACGUAUUUAUAUAUCUGUAUGACACCCAAACUUUCACAUCCUUAUGACGCCAAUAUUAAAACAUCAAUAUCUCAUAUCAAGGAAGACUUCACAAGAUGGUCAAAACUUCCAGUCUCUUUCUCAGGAAGAAUAAACCUUAUAAAUAUGAUAAUAUUCCCAAAAAUUCUAUACCCACUAUCCAUGACUUUUUUAAACCUGACAAAUGCUGAUAUAAAAGAUCAAGAGUUUUGUAACCCAGUGUCUUUAAUCAACUUACUAGACCAGAAAACACAAAUUCCUGACAAGGUAAAAGAAAACCCACUCAUUAUUAGAGUUGUCAAAACCUGGUCACAAAUCAGAAGGUCUCUCAAGUAAAGUCAGAGCCUGCCUAUCCUAUCUACACUGACUAGUAAUACAAAUUUUUACCAUGCAGUGGUUUUUAAUUAAUCCGUAAAAAUAAUAUCCCCCUUUUUUAUAUUGAGCCAUUCUCAGAUGCCUGUCGGUGUCAGGCCACUCCCAUGAUAGUUGAUUGACAUGAGUAUCUCACCUCAGACCCGCCCUGAAUCAGCUGUAACAGUCCAACCUCGAUUGUUUUGAUGCCGGAGCAGGGAUGUAAGUUAGACAAGAAUAUCUCCGAUUGAGGUGUUGUGUUGCUGUAUGUAAUAAUGAACAUAAUGGUCGUCAUUUACUCCCGACAUCUGAGCCACUGAAGAUGCAGUGGAUUACGUUUUUUUUUAAUAAAUCUUUGCGAUCGUCUUUUCUAAAAACAUGCUUGUUAGCAAGUUAAAUGCGGCUAAAGUAAACAGGCUCGUCACUCCACAAAGAGAAGAGAGGGGUGGGGCGAGCAGAGCUCAUUAACAUUUAAAGCAACCUCGACCAGAAGAGGAUGAUUUUUUGCAGAGCUGAUUUUGGCAAGGUAAAAAAAAAGUGUUAUUUACACCACCAUCGAGAAAUUUUAACCAAAAUUUUUGACGAAUAUGUCUGGGAAGAUAUUAGACUACGCUUGAAUAUCUCAGUCUGCAAUAGAUUUAAAGAAAUGCAAUUUAAUACUGUACAUAGAGCUUAUAUAUCUCCAAAUAAAUAUAGUAAAAUAAAUAAUACUUUAUCACCCCAAUGUCCCAAAUGCAGUAUCAGCACAUUCCUCUUUUUUGGAAUACUCAGAUGUCUUUAAACAUUUGCUGAUGUUGGGGAGAAAAUUAAUUAUGUAUAAAUGGGCUGGGACAGAAUGCCCUCUUAUCAAGGACUGGAUAAUCCUGAUUAAAGAAACCAUACUGAUGGAAAAGAUUGGACAUAUAUUAAAAGGUAAAUCUAACUAAUUUCAGAAGCUGUGGGAAAUUUCUACUGUCAAAACUGUCUUUGGAUUGAUUUCAAGUCUACUAGUAUCCUUAACUGUCUACAUGAUGGUACUGUAAUAUUGUUUUGGAUUAGACCACACUGCUCUAGUGUUUAUGCUUUACCCAUUACUGUGUAUGCAGAUUAUUCUAAAAAACUCAAUAAAA